UUUCUGGCCCACGAUGAUGACUGGCUUAUCAGCCAUUUCAGAUUUCCAAGGGCUAUUCUCUUGGAGCUCUGCGCUGAGUUGGGUCCGAAUUUAGAAAGAGAGACAAUGAGGAGCCACGCAUUACCGGUUCCUUUACAGGUGCUUACUACACUUGGUUUCCUGGCAACUGGUUCUUUUCAAAGAGAACUGGCAGACCGCUCAGGAAUAAGCCAGUCAUGUUUGAGCCGUGCAAUGCCAGCUGUAUGGGACGGGAUCAUCCGUUUGUCUACCAGGUAUAUAAUGUUCCCAUACGAUGCAGGUGACCAGCCAAACAUUAAAGCGCAAUUUGCAGCGAUAGCCGGUUUUCCUAAUGUAAUCGGAGCGAUCGACUGCACACAUAUUGCUAUAAGGGCGCCAUCUGAAGAAGAAUUUGCAUAUGUGAAUCGGAAACAUUUUCAUUCAAUAAAUGUGCAGAUUAUAUGUGAUGCACAAAUGCCCCUUACAAAUAUUGUGGCAAGGUGGCCUGGGGCAACCCACGAUUCAUAUAUCCUUACAAACAGCAUGGUUGGGAUGAGACUCCAAGCUGGCAGGGUGCGCGAUGGGUGGCUACUUGGAGACAGUGGUUAUCCACUAAAGACGUGGCUGUUAACCCCCCUCACCAACCCACAAACUGAGCGAGAGCGCAGAUACAAUGAUGCCCAUUCUCGCACUCGGUCAGUUGUGGAGCGAGCAAUUGGGCAGCUGAAAUGUCGGUGGCGCUGCCUUGACAGGACCGGGGGAAUGCUGUUAUACCGCCCUGACAAGGUUUGCCGCAUCAUACUGGCCUGCGGAGUGCUGCACAAUGUCGCGCACAGGCAUGGCAUACCCCUUGGUGAGGUGGUGGCAUUGCCAGAUGACCCUGACCCAGGACCAGUAUAUGUGCAGCACAAUCAACAAGCCAUUCAGGCCCGUCAACAUGUAAUUGCAACAAUAUAAAGAACAGCAUGCGUUAAGAUGCGGCCAGAUGGACGGGCUUCAGCACUGGGGGGAGCAUUAGAGACACCGGAGACGCUGGACUGAAUGGGCUCUGGCUGCUCGGGUGGUGCGGACUCUGAGUGCGUGCCAGUGGACGUUCCUGCUGUUGUUCCUGUGGUUCCUAAGUGCAAAUAAACAAAGGCACAUGUUAACAGUAAUUUGAAUCUGUUCCUUAUUAAUGGGUACACGCAUUUGCAAUAAAAGCAGUGGAUGGAUACGUAAAAUCUCUG